AUGAUGGAGCUCCAAACGGAGAAGAGAUUCCACAACUUGACCCUUGCGCAAGUCCAAGCUCUGGACAAGAUGUUGACAGAGGUAAUCCCGAUCCAUGGACGAGGAAAUUUUCCCACACUGCAGGUGAGAGCAAAAGACAUCAUACGUGUGGUGAAGGAUCGUCUGGUUGAAAGAGACAUUCAGGUGAAAGAUAUACGCCUUAAUGGUGCGACUGCCAGCCAUGUCCUGGUGAGGGAUAAUGGCCUGGGCUAUAGCGAUUUAGACAUCAUUUUUGGAGUGGAGCUGCCCAGACAGGAGGACUUUCAGGUGAUUAAGGAGGUGGUACUGGGCAGCCUACGAGACCUCCUCCCUUGUGGAGUUAACAGACGGAAGAUUACUUGCCUGACAAUGAAGGAAGCAUAUGUGCAAAAGAUGGUGAAAGUUUUCAAUGAGCAUGACAGAUGGAGUCUUAUCUCACUGUCUAACAACAGAGCGAAAACUGUGGGGCUCAGGUUUGUUAGUUCGCUUCGAAGACAGUUUGAGUUCAGUGUGGACUCCUUCCAGAUAAUAUUAGAUCGCAUGCUGGACUGUGGGUCAAGCUCAUGGACCGGGGCAGCAGGGGAGCCCACCAUCACUGUUGAAGCAGAGUGCAUGUACGGAGACUUUGAGCAGGCGAUGCACCACCUUCGCCACCGCCUCAUCGGCACCCACAACCCAGAGGAGAUUCGAGGAGGCGGUCUGCUAAAAUACAGCGACCUGCUGGUGAGGAACUUCAGGCCAGCCAGCGAGACAGAGAUUAAGUCCUUGGAACGAUACAUGUGCUCCCGCUUCUUCAUUGACUUUCCUGAUGUAAGCGAGCAGCAGCGGAAGAUCGAGGCCUACCUGCAGUGCCAUUUCAUUGGCAACGAGGAGACAAACAAGUAUGACUACCUGAUGACCCUGCGACGUGUGAUAGAUGAAAGCACGGUGUGCUUGAUGGGACAUGAGAGGAGACAGACGCUAAAUAUGAUCACAGUCCUGGCUCUGAGGGUGCUGGGCGAGCAGAACGCCAUCCCCAACACGGCCAACGUUACCUGCUUCUAUCAGCCGGCUCCAUACAUGACAGAGCCGAUUUACAGCAGCUACUUCAUCACCCAGGGCCAGCCCCCACUCGUCUACCACCCCUACCCUCUACAUGUCCACAUGCAGACUGGCCUGGUGUAGCUACAGUGACAUGCCCACAGGGAGGCAUGUAGGCU